AUGGCCUAUUGCCGAGCAUGCAAGGUGGAAUUGCGGCCCCACGUUCAAGACCUAAAGCUGCACUCCACUAGGGUCAAGCAUGCAAACAACAUGAAGCGUUCCGCUGGUCCAGCAGCGGGGCCUCUGGCAUCGUUUGUGGACAGAAGACCCAGGGAGCCAUGUUCCAGUUCUUCUGACGACCUCAAGGUAGCAGAGCUGCGCUUGGCUGCUCAUUUGGCUGUUCACGGAAGCUUCCUGACGGCGGACCACUUGACGCCCGUGAUCAGUGGGUGCUUCAGCGAUUCGGUGUUGGCGUCGGCCGUCACCUUGGGGAGAACGAAGGUACUGGGGCCAACAUUUAGAGAAGAGCUCUUGAAGGACAUGACUGCUGCACAAUAUUCAUUGAUUGUGGAUGAGAGCACGGACGUCUCGUGCACGAAGGAGCUAGCCGUCGUGGCGCGCUUUUUUUCUCGCAGCAAAAGGGAUUUUCUUACAGCCUUUCUCGGCUUGGUGCCAGUGACCGAUGCAUCCGCGGAAGGGCUAUUUUCUGAGUUGAAGGCGCUGUUAGAUGCUUGCAAACUGAACAUCAAAUGUUGUAACCUGACAAUGCGGAGUGGGAGCAGCACAUAUUGCAUGUGA